AUGAAGGAGGUCAAACCACCCGAGAGACUACAAGCCAAGCCAGGUUACCAGCGCAGGAAGACGCUUCCUGCAGUCGUGUCUUCCAAAGCCGAGGCGACAGCCAAGCCACUGCGUACUCAGAGGCGAAUGACGAGCCCAGCUAUAGGCCCCAGGUCCACUUCUCAAGGUUAUCGCAUCUUCGUCUCGGACACGGAUGCAAAGAACAGUGAGGACCGCGACUUUUCAGAGGAUGCGCUCGGGGAGUUCGAGCGAGAGUUUCGUCGCCUUGCUGGCCUGCCACCUCGCCUGCCCACACCACCCAAGUGGGUGCCACCUUGGGCCCGGAGUACGGGGACGCAGGCAGGGCCUUGCUUGGCACCUGUGGUUCCGAUAAGCGCGGAUGCAUUGCCGCGAUCUCCCUUUCUGCCGCGCCUGCACGGAGCUGACGAAAGCGAUAUGCUGUCCAACGUACUGAGCUCGCUGCUUCCAGCGGCGCCAUCAAGACACUUGCGGCCACCUCCAGCCGUUCAUGAUCAGGACGUGCUGUCCCCCUGUACGGCCUCGCCGCAGAGCCCUUUCAGCCCCAUCAGCCCCAGCUCGGCUGGGCUACCGCUCUCAGAGGAGGAGGAGCGGAAGCGGAGUGAGGUUCUGGCAUUCUUCGACACACUGGUUAGAAGAUUCGGGAACACCAACAGGGCGUUUCGCGCGAUGAAGCAAGCGGCACAGGUUGCCCGCCCGCCUUCUUCCCAACAGGCAUUUGGCCCGGCACUGGCGCCACUGAGCAAGCCGGAGUUCGAGUGGUGUGUGACUGCCUUGUUGCAGCAUGGCAACCGACGAUUGGCCUCGCGCCUCUUUGCAGCAUUGGACACCGGCUUCGCAGAAAUCCCCGUGGCCAGCUUGAAUCACAAGCUGGACUGGGUGGAGGAUCUCGCUUCCUUAUUCCAGCUGCGGCAGAACCUACUGGAUCGCUUUGGCUCCUUCAGAGGGGUGGAGGAAGCUCUGCAGUGGGCGAUGCUUGCGGGUUUGGAAGAUGCGCAGAGUCCAGGGACGGCGCCAACUUCUCUACACGGAAGCGUUUCCAAGAGAGAAUUUACCCAAGCGGUUUCGGCGCUUGGGAUCCCUGCAAGCCAGGCUGCGCAUCUUUUUCUCCUGCUGGACAACCGUGGUCGGGGUUCCAUUCAGCUGUCGCAGUUCGUACAUGCCCUGGAAGAGAUCCCAACGGAGCUUGCCUGGCGUGACCUUCGGCAACGACUCCUGGCCAAGAAAGGAACCAUGCAAGAUGCACUGCGUUCUCUAGACGCCGACCCAGACUCCUCCGAGAGCGAUCUCGGACGGUGUGUGGCAAAAUGUGAAGUUCCAGAGCUUCAGCUAGCGGAUGUCUCUAGAACGGCACUGCGGUCCUUUCUACGCGCAGCAGCCCCGGCCAUCAGCCUCCAAGACUUCUGGAGGCGCGUGGCGACGGAGUGGCCGGAAGUCAUGGAAGCGGCGAAGACCGUGGCAACGCGGAAGGAGGCCCAAGAGGCGCAAGAGGCCUUGCAGCACCUGGAGGAGCUUGUGUCCGAGCUUCUGCCGUGUGAGCUUCAAGUUUACACUUCAGUGCCGGAUUUGGAAAAGGGUGGUGUCAGCGCCAGCAAAGCAGUGGUUCUUCCAAGUUUGUCCUUUGAAAUGUUUGAUGCCCUCGCAGAGCAUGUAGACGUCCCGCGAGACAAUGCGCGAGAGCUCUUCCAAUGCCUUUCAAGUGCAGCUUCGGAAAGCGAAAAGGAAGGAAAGGAGGAUGCGGCUUUGGCUUCGUCUAUUUUUCUAGAAGACUUUGCCGAACAGCUGACGUUGUGGGCUGAGACUUUUGAGCCUAAGGGUUCCAAAAGAGUGAGGGCCGCCGAAAGGGUCCGUCAAGUGGUGGCUCCUGUGCGGAGAGCAAUUUCUGCACUGAAAGCUGAGCUACAGCCAGAGUUGCUAUCGCAAGGCUCCGUAGCAGAAAAAAGCGAGGAGGCUCGGGAGCCAAGGGAUCCGCGGCGCUCGAAGGCAAGAAGGAUCUCCAAACUGCCAUGGUGCGCAUACUACCGCUGCCGCCGCGCGUAG